UUGUAUAAAGGAUUGCUUGGCAUACAUUUUAUACACCUUUUAAAACAGUUGGCAGCUCUAAUCUUUACGUCCCGACGUGUUUUGUGAGCAGGAAAUUCUGAGAGAAACAGCCCAGUGAGAGCACAAGUUGGGAGUUCCAACCCUCCAGCUUUGUUGUCUUGUCCUGCUGCAUUCUUUCGUGUUUGUGUAUCCAUGUUUUUUGUAUUUGUGCUUUAUCAAUAUCAGGUCUUGCAUGCAUCUGUCCUGUUAACAAGAAAUGUUCUACAGGCAUUGACAAUACUUCUUCAUUAAGUACGAUCCGGCGAGUGACAAUAGAAAAGGCGCUGUCGCACGUGGUAAUAAGACUUCGUUUCAGUGCUGUGGAAGCAUCUGAGUGAAAAACUGUCAACACAUGAGACCACUUUCCUGCAGAUGAGCCACCAGUGGGGGCUUGCAAGUCGCUGUCGCGGACCCAGAUAGUUCCUGGCGACAGCGGCAUUGCCCCCAUAUCCCCAUUAUGCCCAACAGUGGUCGGGCGGGGAGCCUGAAGGACCCCGAAAUAGCUGAGCUGUUCUUCGACGAAGACCCAGAAAAGUUCUAUUCGGAUUUGCGUGAGAUCGGACAUGGCAGCUUUGGUGCUGUUUAUUUUGCACGGGAUGUGCGGACAAAUGAGGUGGUGGCCAUCAAAAAGAUGUCCUACAGUGGGAAGCAGACAAAUGAGAAAUGGCAAGACAUAGUCAAGGAGGUGAAAUUUCUGCGAAGGAUACAACACCCAAACAGCAUUGAGUACAAAGGAUGCUACCUGCGAGAGCGCACUGCUUGGCUGGUGAUGGAGUAUUGUCUGGGUUCUGCGUCAGAUCUGUUGGAAGUUCACAAGAAGCCUCUGCAAGAAGCUGAAAUAGCUGCAAUUACCCACGGUGCUCUUCAAGGGCUAGCUUACCUUCACUCACACAACAUGAUUCACCGAGAUAUCAAGGCAGGAAACAUCUUGCUCACAGAGCCAGGGCAGGUCAAACUUGCUGACUUCGGUUCUGCCUCCAUCGCCUGUCCUGCCAACUCCUUUGUCGGGACUCCAUAUUGGAUGGCACCCGAAGUGAUCCUUGCUAUGGAUGAGGGUCAAUAUGAUGGAAAGGUGGACAUUUGGUCUUUGGGAAUUACCUGUAUUGAAUUAGCCGAGAGGAAGCCUCCGCUCUUCAAUAUGAAUGCAAUGAGUGCCUUAUACCAUAUAGCACAGAACGAAAGCCCGACGUUGCAAUCGAGUGAAUGGACGGACGAUUUCCGAAACUUUGUUGAUUCUUGCCUUCAGAAACUUCCACAGGACCGGCCAAAUUCCGAGGAGCUUUUAAAGCAUGCUUUUGUCCAGCGUGAACGACCAGAAUCGGUCGUAUUGGACCUCAUAAAUAGGACCAAGGACGCUGUGCGCGAACUGGACAAUUUGCAGUAUCGCAAAAUGAAGAAGAUUCUGUUCCAGGAAGCGCACAACGGCACGACAACUGAGGCACAAGAUGAAGAGGAGGAACCAGAUCAAGGCGUGGGGCGAACUGGUACAGUGAACAGUGUUGGGAGCAACCAGUCUAUUCCCAGUAUGUCAAUUAGUGCGAGCUCCCAGAGCAGCUCCGUCAACAGCCUAACAGACGCUGGUGAUGACAAGAGUGAAGCGGACUUGGAGGGAGACCACACGGUGAUGUCCAACAGCUCGGUCAUUCACCUCAAACCGGAGGGAGAAGAACCUUCAGAACCUCACGCACGGCCAGCUGAGUCACAGUCCCCACCUGCACAAACUCCUCGACCAAAACGCAACCGAGAACACUUUGCCACUAUACGCACAGUCUCAGUGGUCACCCGCCAAAUUAAGGAACAUGAGCAAGACUCUGAAUUGAGGGAACAGAUAUUGGGCUACAAGCGGAUGAGGCGACUGCACCAGAAGCAGCUCAUGGCGCUGGAAAACAAGCUGAAGGCCGAAAUGGACGAGCACAGACUUCGCCUGGAUAAAGAGUUGGAGAACCAGAGGAACAGUUUUGCACAGGAGAUGGAGAAAUUGGUUAAAAAGCACCAGGCAUCCAUGGAGAAAGAUGCAAAAACAUUCAGCAAUGAUGAGAAGAAGUUUCAGCAGCACAUCCAGAGCCAACAGAAGAAGGAACUCAACAGUUUCCUUGAGUCUCAGAAACGUGAAUACAAACUUCGGAAAGAACAACUAAAAGAGGAGCUCAAUGAGAACCAGUCAACACCGAAGAAAGAAAAGCAGGAGUGGUUGUCCAAGCAGAAGGAGAACUUCCAUCACUUUCAGGCCGAGGAAGAGGCCAACCUUCAGCGAAGGCAGAGGCAGUACCUGGAGCUGGAGUGCCGGAGGUUCAAACGGAGGAUCUUGAUCGCACGGCACAAUAUUGAGCAAGAUUUAGUGAGAGAGGAGCUGAAUAAGCGUCAGACCCAGAAAGACCUGGAGCACGCCAUGCUCCUACGACACCACGAGUCCAUGCAAGAGCUGGAGUUCCGGCAGCUCAACACCAUCCAAAAGACCAGAGCGGAGCUGAUCCGCCUGCAACACCAGACAGAACUGACCAAUCAACAGGAGUACAACAAGAGGAGGGAGAGGGAGCUGAGACGCAAACAUGUCAUGGAGGUUCGCCAGCAGCCCAAGAGUCUCAAGUCCAAAGAGCUACAGAUCAAGAGGCAGUUUCAGGACACAUGUAAGAUCCAGACGAGGCAGUACAAGGCCCUGAGAAAUCACCUGCUGGAGACGACACCAAAGUCUGAGCACAAGGCCGUGUUGAAGCGUCUGAAGCAAGAGCAGCAUCGCAAACUGGCCAUCUUGGCUGAGCAGUAUGACCACUCCAUCAGUGAGAUGCUUUCAAGCCAGGCGCUCCGUCUGGAUGAGACCCGGGAAUCUCAGUGCCAAGCGUUGAGAAUGCAGCUUCAGCAGGAGCUUGAACUACUUAAUGCAUACCAGAGCAAAAUCAAGAUGCAGACCGAAGCGCAGCAUGAACGUGAGAAGAACGACCUGGAGCAAAGGGUGUCCAUUCGACGGGCUCUACUGGAACAGAAGAUCGAGGAAGAGAUGGUGUCCUUGCAGAAUGAUCGCUCUGAGCGCAUCCGCAGCCUUUUGGAACGCCAAGCUCGGGAGGUUGAGGCCUUUGACUCGGAAAGCAUGCGCCUGGGCUUCAGCAACAUGGUGCUAGCUAACCUCUCGCCAGAUUCCCUCAACAAAAGCUUUCCGGGAGCCACAGGAAGUUGGAGUCACCACCACCACCACCAUCAACAACAGUCUCCCGGGAGCUCUCAAGGCUCCCAGUGGGGUUCCGGCCACCAUGGCAGCCAUCGCCACUAUCACUCCAGUCCUGGAGGGGCACCGAUGCAGCAAGGCUGGCAGCAAGGCGCCGUUCCUCAGCAGUGGGGGCACGCAUCUGCGGUGUCCCUGCUCCCCCGCAGCAGUGGGCCACAGAAUAGCCCUCAAGCCUUGGGAAGGACACCACCAGGAGGGCGCAGUGAGAGCAUGAGCAGGAGCACCAGUGUCACCUCUCAGUUGUCCAACGGGUCGCACCUCUCCUACACAUAGAUCCGCUGUCGACUGUGCAGACAGAAUCUGAAAGCAGGACAGAGUUUUUGGUGAGCCCCUGCAGCCCGCUGCUGCCACCUCCUCCCCCUCCUCUGCUGUCUUUAAAAAAAAAAAAAAGUUGCUCAGGUCUAAAGGGCUCAAAGAGGCUUGGCUCUUCCUCACAGCAAUCCAACAACACUCAUGCGUAUGUUUGUUACAGACGGAAACACUUUGUGUCAAACUUGCAUCGUCUCUCUCUCUCUCUCUUACACACACGUACACACACACACUCACCUAUGUGCUUGCUACAGCCAUCAUUUUGCACAUGAUACACUGUCAAAGUCGAUAAAGGCAAACACUUUUUCCUCUUCCUCCGCCUCAAAAUUCAGUUAUACACUGGCCAACUCCAAUGCUGUUUGAUGACGCAGCAGCUUUCACUGAGGAUGCUUUGCUAUGGUGACUCCAGCCUGCUGUGAUGGUCAUUCGGAUAAAACAGAUGCCUUUUUAUUCAGUCACUUUUGGAUUCAUCAGCAGCCUCCAAAAACACUAUACAUUAACGACACCAAAUAUUUAUCUGUUUCAACACUACUUUUGUGCCUUCUUUAACCGUUUGAUGUCGAUCAUUUCACCUCUUGGUUCCAAAUGCUCCCAUCACACUUCUUCAUAUUUACAGUGCAUGCAGUAUUGAUGGCGAAGUCUCACAACGGGUUUAGCUCUACUGGUUGUGGACUUUUCUGUCCUGGCUCUGUCCUCCUGAAGAUUUUUAUCAUAGGCUCAAAACAAUCUGUGUGCGCCCCCGUCGCAUGACAUUUGCCUUUUAAAACUAAAAAACAAUCCUUGUACUUUUUUUUUAAUUAGUGCCUUUUAAAAUUGCUGCCUUUUAAAGCACUUUAUACAGCUGAUUAUUGUACAAUGAGCAUUUGUUUUUCAGAGUGUUUUGUUGGUACGUGUGAUGUGAGGAUGAGGAUACAAAUAAUCUGUUUUUAUUUUCUCCUUUUUUUAAGAGCGAUGUCCAUAUUACAGAUGGUGUUUGGUUAUACUACAUAAUGUGAUCUUAUAUGACGUUGGAGAGCUUUUUUUUGUUUAUCUGCUUUGUUUUUGUUUUAACCUGCAGGAAGUAGUAUUCUGCAGAUUUUU